AUGGUGCUGCCAAAUCCGACUACAGCCAUUGGUCUUUCAAACGUGCCAUAUGAUGUUAUUGUCUCAUCAUCUCCAACUCAUCCAUUACCUACCUCAUUUGAAUCGUCUAUUGAUAAUCAUAUAAUUAACUUUGAACAACAAUUCGAUAUGAAUUACGUUCCACUGAAUCGAGGACGAGAACAAUCUCCCUCAUCUCCAGGUCCUUUUCAUAAUUCGAGUACUUUAUAUAUCAAUCAACAACGACCUGUGCUACAUUUACCUCGACCGCGAUUUAAUGUCACUGUCAAUGGUCAUCUUCAAACCUCUCCAAUUCAUCAUCAUCAUCAUCAUCAGCAACAACAACAACAUCAUCUUCCGCAUAGAACGCAUGAUUUUUCUCGAAUUACUAUUCGAGCACCGGAUAUUCGUCCGCCAAGAACUCCAAUGCCAUUUCAUAACGUAAUGUCAACACCACGCGCUAAUACUCCAGCAGCGCCAGCUAUAGCUGACGUCCAUCGAAAACUAGCUGCAUUGACAUUACGUUUAGAAAAAGAACUUGAAAGUGAAGCAACAGUCGAUGAAUAUUAUGGACAAUGUACGAAGUGUGGAGAACCGGUAACAAGUGCAUCAGAAGCUUGUCAGGCGAUGGAUGAACUUUAUCAUAAUGAUUGUUUCAAAUGCGUUGUUUGUUCUCGAACGUUACGUGGAAAAGCAUUCUAUCGUGUACAAAAUCAAGUCUAUUGUGAAGAAGAUUACCUGUUCACGGGUUUCCAACAAACAGUAGAAAAAUGUUAUAUCUGCGAUCAUUUAAUCAUGGAUAAAAUGCUUCAAGCCUUGGGUAACACUUAUCAUCCUGGAUGUUUUCGUUGUACAGUUUGUAACGAAUGUCUCGAUGGUCUUCCAUUUACUAUAAAUAAAGAACGGCGUUUAUUCUGUUUAUACGACUAUCAUAAUACUUACGCUCCACGUUGUGCUAAAUGCGCUUUUCCAAUCUGUCCAGAAGAAGGUUCGGAUGAAUCAAUACGUGUUGUUGCAAUGAAUAAAAACUUUCAUGUUGAUUGUUAUCGCUGCGAGGAUUGUCAAUGUAGUUUAAGUAAUGAGCAAACAACAGCUGUAUUAGGCGGUUGUUGCCCAUUAGAAGAUGGAACGUUAUUAUGUUAUCGCUGCCGAAUACGUCGUGCUGGUACGAGUGAUAAUUAG